AUGGAUACUGCCGUAGGACUUCCAGAGACGCACUCCUCGGCUGCAGAGGAUGCUGCUGGUCCGCUGAUGAGCGACCCUUUAAGAACCGGAGCCCUGGCUGUGGACGUGAAGAUCGAGCACCAGAGCCCUUCCCCGGCCCGGUGCGCGGGCUGCCAUCGGAGCAUCUCGGAGCGCUUCCUCAUGCGCGUGGACGGCGCGUCGUGGCACGAGCAGUGCCUACAGUGCGCCGUGUGCCGCCGGCCGCUCAACAACACGUGCUACUUCAAAGACACGAAGCUCUACUGCAAGGUGGACUACCAACAGGUUUUCUCCACAAAGUGUCGAGGCUGUCGGGAGAAGAUCGCGCCCACAGAGUUUGUGAUGCGCGCCCUGGACGGGGUCUACCACCUGGGCUGCUUCCGCUGCGGCGUCUGCCAGCGGCGGCUGUGCAAAGGGGACCAGUUUGUGGUGAGGCAGGGCCGGCUGCUCUGCAAGCACGACUACGAGAAGGAGAGGAAACUGGACACCAUCAGCCCCGACUACUCUGACCUAGAGAAGAGUGAUGGUGAUGGUGAUGACGACGAUGAGGACGGGAAGCCAGAGAGGCCCCCCACCACCGCCACUGGGGGCCACAGAAGGGCCAGUGGUGGAGGGAGAGACCCCCGCAGGCCCAAGCGUCCCCGGACCAUCCUGAGCACCCCUCAGAGGAGAACCUUCAAGGCCUCCUUCGAGGUGUCUCCCAAGCCCUGCAGAAAGGUCAGGGAGAGCCUGGCCAUGGAGACGGGCCUCAGUGUGCGAGUGGUGCAGGUGUGGUUCCAGAACCAGAGAGCCAAGAUGAAGAAGCUGGCCCGCAGACAACAGCAACAGCUGGAUCAUCAGAAGAGCAACAGGCUGGGCCAAGGGGGGAUCUCAGGUUGCAUGGAGAGUCUGCACAGAUGUUACUCAGGCCAACUGCCCGCCACUCGAGAGCAGCGGCCAAACAACUCCGUGGACCUCAACGCAGGCUACAGCCAUGACGUACCCUUCCAACAGAGCCUGACCCCGCCCCAGAUGCCGGGAGAUCACAUGUAUCCCUACGGACCCGGAUCUAUUUUCAACGACGUGGACAGCGACUCCUCCCUGACCAGCCUGAGUGACUGCCUGGUGACGACCUCUGGCCUGGGCCUCUUCCCCACUCCGCUGGGGAACCCCAUUGACUGUCUGUACACCAUGCAGAGCUCCUACUUUGCCUCCUGAGGACAGCCCACCAGUGACCCAGGGGCUCUAGUUUCUGUUUGCAAGGACCUCGCCCUCGCCGCUUCUCGUUGCUGGAAAAUACAUAACGCCAUUUUUUUGGUGGACAUGCUAAUUUGGACAGGCGAAUUUUGCCGUUAUCGAAAGGAAAGUAGUUUAAGAGAGGGAAUGACAUUAAGAAAAGGACUACAUGGGUGACUACAUGACUACAUGUUAUUUUUGCUCGGGAAUAUGCGUCUUGGCCCCCUCCCAUUCAGACAGAUUUCCAGCUGACCUUUUUCCGUGUCGGGCCAAUCACAACUGUUUAUCUAAUAUGGAGCGGUCUUGAUAUGACGACUGUUCAGAGCCGUGCACUAUGGGCACUAUAAUGCCGUUGAGGACCAAGAUUGCUGCCACUGUUGUGGCACAUGUUCCGUUGCUCUGAUUGGUUGAGGGCUAUCCAAUUGCGUCGACAGGCAAUUUGGUCAGAUUGGUUGAUAACGCCCCUUGGGAACUGAAAAUGAACUGAGAUGUUCAAGACAAGUUUUUAUUUGCUAAUUUGGUCCGGAGAUGUCAGACUUGACAAAUGUGUUUACGUGGAAUUACCAUUGUGUGUCUCUACUACCAACUCCGACUACUAGUAUGGCAACCUGAAAAUAAACUUCAACAAUAGAAAGUAAAAAAAAAAGUUUUCUGCUCCUCCAACAAGCCAUGAUUUGGUGAUAUUUACUCCUAUUGCAUACAGUGCAUGUGCAUUGUUGGAAAUUAAAUAUCACAGUCAGUAAUUUAGAUUUUUAUACCGCAUCAUAUUGCAAACACAUUUGAACGUUGGCAUUUUAAACGGGUUUCUGUUUAUUUUCUGUACAUCACAUGAGGGACUUAUUUUCCAGAUUAUACACUAAAAUGGUAUAUAGCUAAAACAGGUAUGUUGCAUGUUGAUACUGACUUGAACUAUUUGUUUAAAUAAAUGUAAUGUUCAAAGAAAAACCCGAACCAAAUGUAUAUUUAUUAAAAAAUGUUUUGUCCGCUAUGUACCAUUGCACUAUUUAUUUUUUUACACUCUCAUUUGAAAAUCUCAGAAAUGACAAUGGAAAAAGCUUAACUUUUUGUUUAUUUGCGUGUUAUUUCAUGUAUUCGAGUCAUGUUUGAAAUCCCAGGAUUUGACUGAUUUAGAAGAAUGGUUUAAAACGUUUUUCUUUUAAUUUUAUUCAAACAGCGCA